GUAGAAGAAGUCCUUUAAUAAAUUAUUAUCUUUCUUUUCCGGUUUCCGGUCGGCUCCCGCCCCACUCCGCCAUCAUGAAGUUGUGAACCAAAAAACGAAUGAGACAGAAAGGAUUUGUCUUUGGUGGGGUGCAGGCAUGCACCCAAAUUAGCAACUGGGAUGCCAUUGCCAACACCAACAUGAACAUAUUCGAUUGAAAACAAUUGAAGGAUUUUGGCGUUGGGCAACAGAGCUAGGAAGGGGCAACCCCAUCCUUCAUAAUGGCGCUGGCCAUGCCGUCCAGUGUGCGGGCCGGGAGCCUGAAGGACCCAGAGGUAGCUGAGCUCUUCUACAGAGAUGACCCUGAGAAGCUGUUCACCGACUUGCGGGAGAUCGGCCACGGCAGCUUCGGAGCGGUCUACUUUGCACAUGACAUUCGCACCAAUGAAGUGGUGGCCAUUAAGAAAAUGUCCUACGGUGGCAAGCAGUCCAAUGAGAAAUGGCAGGAUAUCAUCAAAGAAGUGAAGUUUCUCCAGAAACUGCACCACCCCAACACUGUGGAGUACAGAGGUUGCUACCUGAGAGAGCACACAGCAUGGCUGGUAAUGGAGUAUUGUUUGGGUUCAGCCUCUGACCUACUGGAAGUCCACAAGAAGCCCCUCCAGGAACAGGAGAUCGCAGCCAUCACCCACGGUGCAUUGCAGGGCCUGGUGUAUCUUCAUUCUCACAACAUGAUUCACAGGGAUGUGAAGGCUGGUAACAUCUUGCUGACCGAGCCUGGCCAGGUGAAACUGGGUGAUUUUGGCUCAGCCUCCAUCAUUGCCCCGGCCAACUCGUUCGUGGGCACACCCUACUGGAUGGCUCCUGAGGUGAUCCUGGCCAUGGACGAGGGCCAGUACGACGGCAAAGUGGAUGUGUGGUCACUGGGCAUUACCGCCAUAGAGCUGGCGGAGAGGAAGCCGCCUCUGUUCAAUAUGAAUGCUAUGAGUGCCUUAUACCACAUUGCCCAGAACGAGAGUCCCGUUCUGCAGUCCAAUCACUGGUCUGAUUAUUUCCAUAACUUUGUGGACUCGUGUCUGCAGAAGAUCCACCAGGACAGGCCUACCUCGGACGUGCUGCUGAAGCACCAUUUCCUAUGCAGAGAGCGUCCUCACACAGCGGUGAUGGACCUGAUAGCUCGCACCAAAGACGCGGUGCGGGAGCUGGACAACCUGCAGUACCGCAAAAUGAAGAAGAUCCUUUUCCACGAGGCCCUCAACGGGCCCCAGCCCGAGGGAGGAGAGGAGGAGGAGGACGUGGAGCAGUACAUGCUGCGGACAGGUACGGUCAACAGCAUGGAGAGCUCCCAUUCGCUGCCUUCCAUGUCCAUCAGCGCAAGCUCCCAGAGCAGCUCGGUCAACAGCCUGGCGGACGGUUCGGACGACAGCGGCGAGAUGGCCAUGAUGCAGGAGGGCGAGCAAACAGUCACCUCCAACAGCUCAGUCCUGCACAAGCCCCUGAGCCAUGACAACAUCUACGACGACCCCUACCAGCCCGAACUGGACGCACAGCAGCAGCCCCCGUCACGGGGUGAGGGACGAGAAGGUGGCAGGCGGAAGGGACACCGCAGCCGAGAUCACUUUGCCACGAUCCGGACAGCAUCGCUGGUGACCCGGCAGAUCCAGGAGCAUGAGCAGGGGUCGGCGCUGAGGGAGCAGAUGUCUGGGUACAAGCGCAUGCGGCGGCAGCACCAGAAACAGCUGAUGGGCCUCGAAAACAAGCUGAAGGCGGAGAUGGAUGAGCAUCAGCUGAGGCUGGACAAGGAGUUGGAGAACCAGAGAAACAGCUUUGGAGGGGAGGGGGACAAGCUGAGCAAGAAGCACCAGGCUAUCCUGGAGAAGGAGACCAAGGCAGCCCUGGCUGAGGAGAAGAAGUUCCAGCAGCACAUCCUGGCCCAGCAGAAGAAGGAACUGACCAGCCUGCUGGAAUCCCAGAAACGGCAGUACCGCGCACGCAAGGAGCAGCUCAAAGAGGAACUGAACGAGAACCAGUUGACCCCCAAGCGUGAGAAGCAGGAGUGGCUGGUGCAUCAGAAGGAGUGUCUCCAGCAGCUGCAGGCGGAAGAUGAGGCGGGGCUCCUGCGCCGCCAGAGGCAGUACUACGAGCUGCAGUGUCGCCAGUACAAGAGGAAGAUGCUGCUGGCACGCCACAAUCUGGAGCAGGACCUACUCCGAGAGGACCUGAACAAGAAGCAGACGCUGAAGGACCUGGAGUGCGCAAUGCUUCUGCGCCACCACGAGUCCACCCAGGAGAUGGAGUUCCGGCAGCUGGGCUCGGUGCAGCGCACGCGGGCUGACCUGAUCCGCACACAGCACCAGACGGAGCUCACCAAUCAGAUGGAGUACAACAAGCGACGCGAGCAGGAGCUGAGGCAGAAGCACGCCGUGGAGGUCCGCCAGCAGCCCAAGAGCCUCAAAUCCAAAGAACUCCAGAUCAAGCGUCAGUUCCAGGACACGUGCAAGAUCCAGACGCGCCAGUACAAGGCCCUGCGCAACCACUUGCUGGAGAACACGCCCAAGUCGGACCACAAGGCGGUCCUCAAGCGCCUGAAGGAUGAGCAGACGCGUAAGCUGGCCAUCCUGGCUGAGCAGUACGACCACUCCAUCAAUGACAUGCUGUCCACACAGGCUCUCCGAUUGGAUGAAACGCAGGAGGCGGAGUAUCAGGUGCUGCGGAUCCAGCUGCAGCAAGAGUUGGAGCUGCUCAACGCCUACCAGAGCAAGAUCAAGAUCCACACCGACUCGCAGCAUGAGCGUGAGGCCAAGGACCUGGAGCAGAGGGUGUCCAUCCGCCGGGCACUGCUGGAGCAGAGGAUUGAGGAGGAGAUGCUUUCUCUUCAGAAUGAGCGCUCUGAGCGCAUCCGCACCCUCCUGGAGCGGCAGGCCUGUGAGAUCGAGUCCUUUGACUCAGAGAGCCUCCGUCUGGGUUUCAGCAACAUGGCCCUCACGGGCAUCCCCAGCGAGGCCUACCCCAAGCAGGGCUACACCAACGCCCCACCAGUGUUCCGCUCUGGUGGGGGCCACUGGAGCCAUGGCAUGCACCCCCAGCCCCAGCCGCACUCGCGCCGCAGCCACAACAGUAGUAGCAGUGGAGGGGGUGGGGGUGUUGGAGGGGGGAGCAAAGGGGAGUCUUCUUCUUCUCACGGCAUGGCUCUGGGGUUGGGUCUGGGGAGGGACGGGAGGGAGGUGCAUCCUUCAUCUCGUUCAUCAGCCUCUUCUUCUUCCUCCUCCUCCCAACAACACCACCACCGCCAUCACCUGCCACAGCACUACCACCACCAAAGCACACCCCAGCUCUACCGGGAGCGGGAGAGGGAUAGAGAGAGGGAGCGGGAGAAGGAGAGGGACAGGGAGUGGGCCGGUGUCCGAGGCAGCGGCGACCUGGCCCACCCGCAGCACCCCCAUCACUUCUCCCACAACCUGCCCUCUCGCUCCUCCUCUCAGUCCCUGGCCCUGCUGCCGCCGCCGCCCCCCGCGCCCCCCUCCAUCUCGGGGCCCUCCUCGUCCUCCUUGCAGGGAGGGGUGUAUGGCGGGGGGCUGGCCGUCAGGGGCGGUCCCAGCCUCAUGGCCCUGAGGAACAGCCCCCAGCCACUGAGGAGGACGGCAUCCGGAGGGGGACCUGGCGGGGCGGGUGGAGGCGACGGGGUGCUGAGCCGCAGCACCUCGGUCACCUCGCACAUCUCCAACGGCUCCCACCUCUCCUACUCCUAAAGAGGAGGGAGGCGGUGGAGGGUGUUCACCCGAGAGAGAGCAGGAGGUAGGGAGUAGACUGGGAUGGGGGAAUGUAGCUACCUGUCUUACCAUUGAAGUGGGUGAGGGAAAAGGAUGCGGAGAUGAUGGUGUCUGACUUUUUCUGAGGUGAGGCAGGGGAAGGGAGGAGGGUAGGUAUCAGUUUGAGGGUUGCUCUUCAAGGUAGCCAUGUCUUCUUCUAUGAUGUUCUAUAAUGGAAUGGAGGAAGCGAGAGAAUAGGUGGGAAAGUGCAUGGAAAGGGAAGAGAUAAAGACAACAGACCUAAAAGUGAAUGUAUGUAUGUCGUGUGUGGUGUCCUGAUAAUCUAGCAAACACUUGUGUUGUAUGGCUUCAGAAAGGGAAGACAUGGGGAACAAUAAAAAAAUGCUGGUUUUAGUCUGCAUUCAGAAAGGUAGCUAUUGUUUGAAACACAUUUUAUUGGUUUAUAACUUAUUUGUUGACAGUGUUUUGGUUUAUUUUGUAGAUGUGUUAAAAACAAGUGGCUCGGGACGUCCCCAAGGCCUUUAAGAAGUCUUAAAGGGAUGGUGUGAUGACCACGCAAGAAUUACGGCUGAUGUAAAUGAAUAUGAAUACACAGAAUGUUUAUUAAGGCAACAAACAGACCCGGUUUCAUUAAAAAUAAUGAAAGCACCUGAAAUGGAGAGAGACAUUUGUAUGGACAACAAAAUGACCUCAAAAACUUUUCCGUCAUCCAUGACAUACACUAUAUAUACAAAAGUAUGUGGACAACCCUUCAAAUUAGUGGAUUCGGCUACUUCCAACAAGUCAGUUUGUCAAAUUUCUGUCCUGCUAGAGCUCCCCCGGUUAACUGUAAG